AUGGCGUUAGAUCUCGAAAAUGGGGUUGACAAAGACCUGUCAACGACCGAAACCUCUCCAUUGCCCGCCCACGGGAGCCGGGUCCCUCGAAAGGCAACCCAAGAUGGCUAUGGCGGUGUCAUCGGAGAUGAAAGCUCCAGCACCGAGGAUGAUACUAGCUCCGGCAUCAGUGUGAGCAAGCAGGUUGAGAUGGAAGCGGAUCAAGCGAUUAAGUACAGGACUUGCAGCUGGCAGAAGACUGCUAAUCACGGCGUGCGUACGUAUCAGACUGCAGCAUUGCUCUUCUCAGAGUACAUCUGCUUGGCUAUUAUGUCGUUCCCAUAUUCCUAUUCAGUUCUGGGCUUAGUCCCCGGCUUGAUUCUGACGGUUGUGGUUGCCGGCAUGGUUCUCUAUACUUCGCUGAUCAUUUGGAAGUACUGUCUUCGUCAUCCAGAUGUACGAGACAUCUGUGACAUCGGCCAGCGCCUCUUUUGGGGCUCAAGAGCUGCCUGGUACCUUACGGCCAUCAUGUUCCUGCUUAACAACACCUUCAUCCAGGGCCUACAUUGCUUGGUGGGUGCACAGUACCUUAACACGAUGACGAACCACAGCACCUGUACCGUGGUAUUCGUUGCAGUCACAGCCAUCAUAUCUUUCUUCUGCUCAAUCCCAAGAACCUUCAACACCCUCUCCAAACUUGCGACACUGUCGGCCUUUUUCACGUUCAUCUCCGUUCUCCUUGCAAUGAUAUUUGCCGGACUUGAGGCGCAUCCAGCCAAAUACAACCCCGAUCCGAACCAUAAAGGGCCCGAUGGCAAGCCUAGGGGAGGUGAGCCUAUUGUGACGGCGUUCCCACUUCCCGGAACCACCUUUGUUGCAGGAAUGAGCGCAUUCUUGAACAUCAGCUACACAUUUAUCGGCCAAAUCACGCUUCCAAGUUUCAUUGCAGAGAUGCGGAAUCCUAGGGACUUCAGCAAGGCUCUUUGGGCAGUCACUAUCGCUGAGAUAAUUGUGUUCAGUAUUGUGGGUGCGGUGGUAUAUGUCUUCACCGGAACUCAGUACAUGACAGCACCAGCAUUCGGCUCCCUCAGCAACGAAGUCUACAAGAAGGUUGCAUUCUCGUUCAUGGUACCAACAUUGAUCUUCCUCGGGGUGCUCUAUGCGUCGGUUUCUGCACGAUUUAUCUUUUUCCGCUUAUUUGAUAACACCCGUCACAAGACGGAUCAUACGCUAGCCGGCUGGUCUGCAUGGGCUGGCAUCUUGGCCGUGGUUUGGAUACUCGCCUUCAUCGUUGCAGAAGUCAUUCCAUUCUUCACCGACCUUCUCUCCAUCAUGAGCUCCCUCUUCGACUCGUUCUUCGGAUUCAUCUUCUGGGGAGUGGCUUAUCUCCGAAUGCAAUCAGAAGACGAAGCAGCAAAGCCUGGGAAAGCUCGCAGCAUGAAAGGAUGGAUCGGGUGGGGUAUUAAUGUAUUCCUUAUCGGCGUCGGGCUGUUGUUCCUAGGCCCCGGAACUUAUGCAUCCAUCGACAGUGUCGUACUUAACUAUCAAAGCGGGAAGGUCGGCAGCGCGUUUUCCUAUUCUCGAGGCUGGAUGUCAGUGUUCGCCAUGAAGCCAAUUGCAAGAGUACCACAGUUUGUCAGCGGUCGGGUUCUCCAGGCCAGCGCGAACUCCAAAUGCUGGACUGGAGCUACCCUCGGCGCUCAAUUGAGCCGCCAUUCCCGCCAGCUUCACGGAGCUCCGAUAUUCAGGUACCGGCAACCAUUGGUUGUCAACACUGCAUCGGGAAAGCCAUCAGGUGUGAGAUAUGCCUCUAGCUCUUCUGCAGCUGACGCCGACAUCAAGAAAACACAAUUCUAUGACUUCCAUGUCGAACAUAAGGGAAAGAUGGUCCCGUUCGCGGGGUACUCUAUGCCUCUGCAAUACGCCGACCUGAGCCACUUGGAGAGUCAUAAGUGGACGAGGGAGAAGUCCAGUUUGUUCGACGUGAGCCAUAUGGUGCAACAUCACAUCAUUGGGCCCGGUGCGCGAGAUCUGUUGAUGAAGAUUACGCCGGCCUCUCUUGACUCACUCAAGGACAACCAUUCGACCCUUUCCUGCCUCCUAGACGAAAGCACUGGCGGGAUUGUUGACGAUACUAUUGUCACUCGUCUUGGACCAGAGUCCUUUUACUUCGUGACAAACGCCGGCCGCCGCAAGGAAGAUUUGGAGUUUCUAACGAAAGAAAUCGAGGCAUUCAGAAACUCUCAAGACCCAUCCAAACGUGAAUCGAUCAUAAACUGGUCAAUUCUUGAUAGCAGAGCUUUACUCGCCCUCCAAGGGCCCGCAAGUGCCAAAGCACUACAGUCACUCAUCAAGAAGGAAGCUUCUGUCGAAACUGACCUGUCAACUCUCUAUUUCGGACAAUGUCGCCAGCUUCACCUGACCUUCCCAGAUGGAUCGAGCACUCCAUCCCGCCUUCUGAUAUCUAGAACUGGGUAUACUGGCGAAGACGGAUUUGAAAUCUCCAUCCCGACCGAGAAGGACGCCAAUCUACCACGCCGCAUUGCUGAGCUUCUCAUCUCCAACCCAGAUGUCAAGCUUGCCGGCCUCGCUGCUCGUGACUCUCUUCGCUUGGAGGCCGGAAUGUGCCUCUAUGGCCAUGACAUAUCUCUUUCCGAGACCCCACCAGUUGCCGGGCUUGGCUGGGUCGUUGGCAAAGACAGACGAGACCCAUCGUCCCCGCUGUCCAAGUUCAACGGAUCUUCCACUAUCCUACCCCAGCUUGUAUCUCCAGCCAAGACCCUCACUCGACGACGAGUAGGCUUUACCGUUGAAGGUGGUGCACCUGCCCGUGAGGGUGCCACCAUCGUCGAUCUCGCAGAUGGCAAGACAGAGAUAGGUGUCGUCACUUCUGGUCUCCCUAGCCCAACCUUGGGUGGUACAAACAUCGCUAUGGGAUAUAUUAAGCAGGGCCUUCACAAGAAAGGAACCGAAGUUGGUGUCCUUGUCCGCAAGAAGCUACGCAAAGCCACCGUCACUCCCAUGCCAUGGAUUGAGUCCAAGUUCUAUAGAGGCUAA